GAUGAAUGUGCAUCUUCACCGUGUCAGAACAAUGGGUCAUGUAUGGAUCUGAUCAAUGGUUUCAACUGCACCUGUGCAGCGGGGUUCACGGGUGUUACAUGCCAAACAGACAUUAACGAAUGCGGCAGUAACCCAUGUCGGAACAAUGCUACGUGCAAUGACAUGGUCAACGGAUUUGACUGCACGUGUGCACCAGGCUUCACCAACACACUCUGUGAUGUGGAUAUAAAUGAAUGUAUGAGUGGGCCGUGUGAGAAUGGAGCAACUUGCACCGAUCUGAUCAAUGCAUUCACUUGUACUUGUGAAGCUGGGUUUACUGGAGUACGCUGUCAAACUGAUAUUGAUGAAUGUGCAGAAGUGGAUUGUGAGAAUGGUGGUACAUGUCUGGAUCAGGUCAAUGCAUUCAUGUGUCAGUGUGUGACUGGAUUCACCGGCGUCACAUGCCAAACGAAUAUUAAUGAAUGUGCCAGCAAUCCGUGCGAAAAUAGUGCAACAUGCGUGGACGGUGUCAAUCAGUUCACAUGCGACUGUGUACCGGGAUUCACUGGCGUUCUCUGCCAAACAGACAUCGAUGAGUGCGACAGCGGUCCCUGUUUGAAUGACGGCACGUGUAUGGACUUGGUCAACGCAUUCCAAUGUCAGUGUGCUGCUGGGUUUACUGGUGUGACAUGCCAAACUAAUAUUGAUGAAUGUAGUCCGGAGCCAUGUCAGAACAAUGCCACAUGCGUGGACGGUAUUGCCUCGUUCACUUGUACAUGCAAGGCUGGAUUUACUGGAGACAUAUGUCAAACAGAUAUCAAUGAGUGUGCUUCCAACCCAUGCGUGAACAGCGGCUCAUGUGUGGACAACAUCAACAGCUUUACAUGUCUAUGCGUGCUGGGUUUCACUGGCGACACAUGUCAGACCAAUAUUGAUGACUGUGCAGUCGUAGACUGUCUCAACGGUGGCGUGUGCCAGGACUUGGUCAACGACUUCAUGUGCCAAUGCCCGCGUGGCACGGCCGGACGUUUCUGUCAGCUGUCGGCAUCGCCAUGUUUCCUUGCCGACCAGGGUAGCGACUUCACACUGCUUCCAAGCCCGCCACAAGCUCCUCAAAACUUCAUGGGUUGCUGGAAUGCAUCAGGCUGGCCACGGGAAGGUGACCGCGUUGUUCUCCUAGGCUGCACCGACGUCAGCAGAUGCACAACGUCAUGUCGAUCGCUGGGCUAUAGGUAUGCCUCGCUCACCACGCCCUCACCGGACGAGUUUGUCUGUACGUGUGGCUGUUCAUUUGCCGACCCGGCCGCCGUGUCGAUCGCUGCCUCGUUCUGUCAGUCAUCCUGCUCAGCUACGGACAUGUUCUGCGGGGGAGUGAUGGGAUAUGCUGUACACGAUACCAGCUUUGUCCUGACACGAUAGAGCUCACGCCAUGCCACGUGUCAUUGCGGAUCAUGCGAUCUAUCACAUGACUUGUAUUGAUCACGUGAUCUCUCACAUGACUGUAUUGAUCACGCGAUCUAUCACAUGACUGUAUUGAUCACGUGAUCUAUCUACUGCAGAUCAUGCGAUAUAUAUGUUGCAGAUCAUGUGAUCUAUCACAUUACUGCAUUGAUCACGUGAUCUCUCAUGUGUCACGAGGUGCUGGAAUACACGAAACUGAAAGACCAAGCGUGUAUGUCUUCAAUUUAAUUUGCCCCAUAUUCGGAAGUAGCAAUGCGCCCCGUUGGCAGAUGUUCGAAAUAACACCUGACAGAGUUCUUAUCGAAUUAAAUUCUCACGUAAAUUAAUUCCUGUUAAUUCCUCAUGUAAAAGUAAUUGCAGUGUAAGUUAGCUAUCAUCUUCUUCCCAUUGACUCUUCUUGAUCACACCAUUACUAAGUUUAAGGUUGCCUAGUAAUCAUCAUGUCUCCCCCACUACUCGGUAACUUGGCGUAGGAUUUCUUAGUCGGUAUGCACAGAUUGGGGUACUAUUCAAACAAUGCGUGACUUCACCUUUCGUCAGAAUUCAGAAGGUCUUGCAGCACUGGAGGAAUUUGGUGAGUAAUCUGGCUACCAUUGAACUAGGUCCAAGGUUGCGGCAGGCUUACAGCAGACGCGGCGCAUGAGAUUCAGUUGUCAAAUAGUUCAUUUUCAGGAGUUCCGGUUCCCUUGCCUAACCAGAUAUUUUCAAAGCAGCUAGUGUACUGAAACUGUGCAGUGAGAUUGCUCAA